AUGGCAUCCUCUGGUGAUCCGUGGGUGAGGGAGUACAAUGAAUCAGUCAAACUUGCCGAUGAUAUAAGCAGCAUGAUUUCAGAAAGAAAUUCAUUGCCUUCAACAGGUCCGGAGGCUCAGCGACAUGCCUCUACUAUACGGAGGAAAAUUACUAUAUUGGGAACUAGACUUGACAAUUUACAGCCUUCAAAGUUUCCUGGGAAACCACUGACGGAUAAAGAAAUGAAUCGCCGCAAAGACAUGGUUACUAAUCUGAGGUCAAAAGUAAAUCAGAUGGCCAGUACAUUGAAUAUGUCAAACUUUGCCAACAGGGACAGCUUGCUCGGUCCAGAAAUUAAGCCCAUUGAUGCCAUGACCAGAACUCAAGGUCUAGACAAUUAUGGUGUUGUUGGGCUUCAACGACAAAUCAUGAAAGAACAAGACGAGGGACUGGAGAAAUUGGAGGAAACUGUUGUGAGCACCAAACACAUUGCUUUGGCUGUCAAUGAAGAACUUGGCCUACAUACAAGACUCAUAGAUGAUCUUGACGAACAUGUGGACGUGACAAACUCCCGUUUACUGGUACUAUUCCUUUUUAAAUGUUUUCCUGAGCCGAGUGCAAAAGAGGCUUGCCAUAUUGAACAAGCGCACGAAGGGUGGUUGCUCCUGCUUGUGCCUGCUCUUGUCAGUUAUUGGGAUCGUUCUCCUGGUUUCCGUCAUAUACUUCUUGGUCAAAUAUUUGUAAUUCGCCGGACUGAGAAUUGUCAACAAUUAGCGAGUAAGUGUGUAAGUAAUUCCCUACCAAAGGAGAAAAAAAUGAGUGCAGUGCCCAAGGAAACCAUUGACGUAAUAUCACAGAGUUUAGGAAUUAGUAAUUUAUCCCCUGAAGUAUUGCCUGCUCUCGCCGCCGAUGUCGAGUACCGUGUUCGCGAAAUCAUGCAGGAAGCUAUUAAGUGCAUGCGCCAUUCUAGAAGAACUGUUUUGACUUCUGAAGAUGUGGACAGUGCUCUCAGUUUACGAAACGUUGAGCCAAUAUAUGGGUUUGCCUCAAGAAAAUCGUUGCCGUUCAAACGAGCUGCCGGGCACCAGGAUUUGUAUUACAUUGAUGAAAAAGAUGUUGAAUUUAAAGACGUGAUUGAAGCUCCUUUACCAAAAGCACCAUUAGAAAGUGCUGUUGUGGCUCAUUGGUUAGCAAUUGAAGGCGUGCAACCUGCAAUUCCAGAAAAUGCUCCUCCUGAAGUGCAAUCUGACAGUAGAAAGGCCGAGUACAAGGAAGAGGGUGUAUCUGCCGACAUUAAGUUGUCUGUCAAGCAUGUACUGUCUCGUGAACUCCAGCUUUACUUUGAGAAAGUCACAGAACUCACUGUUAGCAGAUCAAGUUCCAUUCUUUUUAAAGAAGCUCUAGUGAGCUUGGCCACUGACUCGGGACUUCAUCCAUUAGUUCCUUAUUUUACAUAUUUUAUUGCUGACGAGGUAUCCAGGAAUUUAAAUAAUUUUCACCAGCUAAUGGCAUUAAUGCGGUUGGUGUGGAGCCUUCUGCAGAAUCCUCAUAUACAUAUUGAACCUUAUCUGCACCAGUUGAUGCCAUCUGUGAUGACAUGUCUGGUGGCGAAAAAGCUUGGGAAUAAGUUUCCAGAUGAUCACUGGGUGCUGCGGAAUUUCACUGCUAAUCUGGUUGCCUUGAUAUGCAAAAGAUACGGUCAUGUCUACCAAAAUCUCCAGUCUCGUGUCACAAGAACUUUGGUUCAUGCUUUCCUAGACCCUACAAAAGCAUUACCUCAACAUUUUGGUGCUAUUCAGGGGUUAGCAGCCCUGGGACCUAAUGUGGUCCGGUUGCUUGUUUUACCUAAUCUCGAGCCAUAUUUACGGCUUUUAGAACCAGAAAUGCAACUAGAGAAACAAAAGAAUGGAAUGAAGAGGCUGGAAGCUUGGCAGGUCUAUGGAGCUUUAAUUCGCGCAGUUGGGUUAUGCAUGUAUGGUAGGCUUAAGGUGCUUCCAACUCUACAUUUGAUGGCACCAAGAAACAUGUUGAAGAACAACAAGAAAGUUGUAAUUGCUGCAUCAACUAAAAGGAAAGCAAGCAUGGACAACUUGAUGCAACAGCCGCCACUUAAGAAAUUGACAACCCACGGUUCAAUGGGAGCUCUGACUGCCAAUUCAAUGUCAGGGGACAUGCUAGGCAUGAGUGGUAGAUACCCCACAAACCUUGGGGCUGGUGAUACUGGUUUCUCAUCUAUGCCUCGAUCUUUCUCAAAUGAAAAUGUAUUAGGAAACAGUGGAAGAAGGGAUCUUCUUCCAAGUCAGGGUAAUAAUAAUAGAACAUCAAUUGUUCUUCAUCAGGCAUGGAAGGAAGAAGUGGACACUGGAAAAUUGUUUCCUUUGUUUUACGAAUAUUUCGGUGAAAGCAUGUUGGCUUUUGUACCCACACCUGAAUUAUCCAUGUUCCUAUGA